AUGGAGAAAAUGGAACAAAAAAACUUAACAGAUAUCAUGGAAUUCCAUUUGGUAGGAUUUGUAGGACUCGGGGAUCUGCAGGUUCCACUCUUCUGCCUCUUCUUACUUAUCUACAUUGCUACCAUGGCUGGGAAUAUCCUCAUUAUUUUUCUGGUUGCUACUGAUCCUCAUCUUCACACCCCCAUGUACCUCUUCCUGAGUAAUCUCUCUUGCCUGGAGAUCUGCUAUAGUUCUAAUAUCCUUCCAAUGAUGCUGUCUAAUGUCUUGUAUGGUGGGCAGAAAACAAUUCCUGUCACUGGCUGCAUAAUGCAACAUUAUCUUUUUGGUCUUUUUGGAUCUUCAGAAUGUUGCCUCCUAGGAGCAAUGUCCUAUGAUAGAUAUGUAGCAAUCUGUAAACCACUGCAUUACACAAUCCUAAUGAACAAUAGAGUUUGCCUCCAGCUUAUAUCUGGAUCAUGGAUAAAUAGUUUACUUGUUAUGGGUAUAGUUUUAUAUUUAAUGUUUCAGUUAAAAUUCUGUGGCCCCAAUGAAAUCAAUCAUUUCUUUUGUGAAUUGAAUCCAAUAUUAAAGCUAGCAUGCAGUGAUACCCGCUUGAUUGAACUUGUCACAAUUUUGAUAUCUGUUGUAUGUAUUUUGCCUCCUUUCUUCUUAACCUUGUUGUCAUAUAGUUACAUUAUUUUUAAUAUAAUGAGAAUGUCAUCUGUCAGUGGCAGGAAAAAGGCUUUCUCAACCAGCUCCUCACACCUCAUGAUGGUGUCCAUUUUCUAUAGCACCUUAAUGAUUGUCUAUAUUUUGCCUAAAACAGAUAGCCUGCGAAAUAUUAAUAAAGUCUUGUCUUUAUUUUAUACAAUCCUGACCCCUUUGUUCAAUCCUCUGAUAUACAGCCUACGCAACAGGGAAGUGAAAGAGGCCUACCGAAGAGGGAUUGCUAAAUGGUAUAAAAUUUAA